AUGUCAAUGCGGACGUUACGGCUGCUGAACUUGCUCCUGAAGUAUCUUCUCGACGAUCUUCCCCGAAGCUCUAGCGUGGCUAUCAUCCACCCUGGUAACCUUCAAAAGGAACUAUUUACUGACUCUGGCGCUGGUGCACUCAUCCGCUUGGGCAACCGCAUUCGAAAGACUUCCUCGAUCAAGGAACUGCAAGAUAUCAAGAAGCUUGAAGCUACGUCAAACAGCAGCUCCGACAGUCUUGACAUUGCGGCUAUCGUGGAUCAAUUCGCCAGCAUACUAACAGAGAAGAACUUUACUGCCUACUAUGAUGAUGCUAUGCAUUGCAUGGCUAUUGUCAUGCCUCAGGACCAAGGUACGGCUAUACUGACGAGUCUGUCUACUACCAAGUCUGGCUGGCUUGACGGUACGAUGGAGAAUAUCUUUACUGGUAUCAAGAAGGACUACCCUACUCUGGCUCGGGCUGUUAGUGAGAGAGACGAGAACUUGACCUGGUUCUUUGAACAGGCUGAUGGCAGUUUCCACCAAAACGGCAGAGUUCUCUUCUACUUCGGGAGCGACAUGCACUCAGUGGCUCUCAGUCCUGUAUACAAGAACUUUGUGUCUGGUCGAGCUUCGCUUGGCGACUCCAACCUUGAAAGCGGCGGAACAGCUUGA